AUGCCCGACGCACAGAGCCAACGUCCCACUCCUGCCGACGCUCCGUUCAACCAGGCGAAUGCGGACACCAUCCUCCGCAGCGCGGACCUCGUCGAUUUUCGCGUACACCGCCUUAUCCUCAGCCAGGCAUCCCCCUUCUUCGCCGACAUGUUCUCACUGCCGCAGCCACUCGGCGUCGAGCAGAGAGUUCCCGUGAUCGACGUAUCCGAGGACAGCAAGACCUUGCGUUAUCUUCUCUCGGCUUGCUAUCCGACCGACCGGCCGGAAGUGGAGACUCUGGAAGAAAUCGUGCCUGUCCUCGUGGCCGGGAUGAAGUACUCCAUGGACUGGUUGGCCAAAACUCUGUCCAAGUCCCUCGUCGCCCUCAUUCCUCAGGAUCCGCUGCAAGUGUGGGCCCACGCCUGUCGCUCAGAGCUCCCCGUUGUCGCAAGGCUGGCAAUCUCGGACAUCAGGCGUCGAGGCACGGCCGAGAAGCCGGCGAUCAGGGUUUUGGACGACAUGAUCAGAGAGGCUGGCGUCGUCAGCCUCUUCCAGGGCAUCAACUCCGGGACGUACUUCCGCCUCCGACAGAGCAUCCGCCGCUCCAGCGAAAACUCUUUUGUCAUCCGACCCCCUCCCCAUUACUUUCCUGAGAGUUCCCGCCCAAUCCCACCGACAAAAAAACUCCCCUUCGUUCUCGCGAACCCCAGACCUGAUAUCGCACUGAAAUGCUACGACAGCGACGUCAUCAUCGAGGCUCACGGACUCAUGGUCGCUCUCCAAUUCCCACGAGUCCUUCAUCUUGAGAUCUUGAGACUCCGUCGUCGUCACACAGCCUGCACUCCCUCCAUCCCUACGCACCACGUUGACAUGCCCUUCACGACGCUGUGCAACCUGCUCGGAGCGUGCUACAAAGGCGUUUCAGCAAUACCCACCGACGUCGACGCUGUCGCUCAAAUGCUGCGCCAAUGCCAACGGUAUCAAGUCGCCGCACCCAUCGAGUCGCUCGUCAGACAGCGAUGGGACGAAGUCUCGACCGCCUCUCCCUUGGAGGCCUAUUUCGCCGCUGUCCGGCACGGGAUCCGCGCCGGGGACGUGCAGGCGGCCGCGGAGAAGACCUUGGACAUCACCCUCCUGAAGAGCUAUACGACGCUCAUGGAGGAAGUGCACGCUUCCGCCUACCACUUCCUCUUGCUGUUCCACUCCGCCGCGUGCGCAAGGGUGUGCGCGCAGUACCGCCGCGCCAGCCACAUCUGGGAAGUCCGGGUCGGCGCACCCGCAUCGACAAGAGCCCCUAGCACUGGUACUCACAACAAGGGCCGCCGGUCCUCCAACUUGCCCACGACGCCGUCGAUACUUACUAUGCUUCAGAGCGCCGAGGAAGCAGUCAGGGACGGGACGCGGGCGCCGCGGGCCAGUGUCUCCGACUUCGUUCUCGAGAACCUGUUGAAGAAAGUGUCCACGGCGGCCUCACCCGGAAUCCAACUCGAUGCGCUGCGUGAGGUGUGGCGGUUCUUGCAGCCGGGGAUGUCGCAGGAACUUGCCUCUGUAAGUGCUCUUGUGUCAGGCCUUGCCAGCGAUGCAAGUCCUUAG